AUGCACGGUGGAAGACCUCCGCAUUCGACUCGUCAACAGAUCAAAGAGCUCGACCGGAAGCUCUCGGAGCCUCAAGAGGAGUCCGUGUCAGAGGAGGCUGGUGCCAGGAGCCAGGCCAACCAGAACGAGACACUUCCCCGGAUAGAAGGUGAUAACUAUUCCCUCGCAAGCGAGCCAGAGAGAGGUGAUGCAAUGAGCACUGUGAAUGCUUGUCUGGAAAGCUCCUACUCAUUGAAGCAGGCUGUGAAGGACGAGGCCAUUGAUCCGAUGGAGAUGAAAGCCAUCCUAACACGCCUCGGGCGCUGCGCAAGCCAAGGCUCGACGCUCAUGAAGCGCAUCUUCGUUGACCAGGACGCGCCUUUUACCUUUCACGGCCAGAUGGCGGGUGAGGACAAGGACAAGAAACUGGCUUUGAGGCCAUGGGCAGAGGCUGAUGAGGCUUGCUUGCCGGCAGCCGAGAGGGCUGCUGGGGCUUCGUCUCCGGAUGAUGCCGGACAUCUGUUGACAGAGGCUGGCCACUGCCUGAGCGCGAUUGGCAGAGCCAUUGUGAUGACUCCAGUGCGCCAGGGCGGAGUUUCUGUUUGGAUGACGGUACCGCUGUUUGCUCCAAUCCGCCAGCAAUCAGAGGCAAGGCCUCGUUGUGGGAGCUUCCUGUGA